AUGAACGCUAUUUUAGGACCCUCUGGAUGUGGAAAAUCAUCACUGCUGGAUAUCCUAGCUGCUCGAAAAGAUCCUAAUGGUCUAAGUGGGAAGGUUUUCAUUAACGGUCAAAUACAAACAGUUAAUUUCAAAUACCGCGUUGGUUAUGUUGUGCAAGAUGAUAUUCUAAGUGGGACAUUGACAGUGAAAGAAAAUUUAGCAUUUUCCGCUAAUGUGCGAUUGCCAACAGAUGUGAAUGCACAGGAAAAAUCAAAAAUUGUCACUCGGGUGAUACACGAGCUGGGUUUAGAAAAAUGUGCGGAUACCAGAGUGGGCACAUAUUUAACUCGGGGUGUAUCGGGCGGUGAACGAAAACGGACAAACAUUGGAAUGGAACUCGUUCUGUCGCCCAGUAUUAUUUUUCUUGACGAACCAACAACCGGCUUAGACUCAAGCACGGCUGUUAAAGUGAUGAAACUGUUACAUGAUCUAUCUCUCAAAGGUUGUACAAUGGUCUUUUCUAUUCAUCAACCCCGUUAUUUGAUUUACAAACUGUUUCACAGGAUACUACUGUUGUCGAUGGGACGAUGCAUCUAUCAUGGAUCAUCAUCGAUCCUCUUAUCUUAUUUUUCUUCACUGGGGUUCACCUGUGAAAAACAAGAAAAUCCUUGUGAUUUUAUUUUGGAUAUCGUGCAAGGUGAUCAACUUACAAUUAUUGAUACUGAUAAAGAACAAAAUCAGAAACUCACACAACAAAAAAUAGCUGAGUCAUUGAAUGAUAAAUACUUAAAAUCACUAAUGUGGAAACGUGUUAAAGAAGAGACUGAUUUUUAUAUAGAUCAGUCAACCAGUAUUCUUUUGAACGAAACAUUGCCGAAAAAGUCUCGUAUUUCUGAAUUGUAUUAUGUUUCUCAACGUAUUAUACGCAGUACUACUCGCAAACCAUCAACAUUUAUAGCACAAAUUAUUGUUGCCAUCACGUUUGCUGUUCUAUCAGGUCUUGUUUUCUUCAAAAUCGAUCAUUCUAUUGAUGAAGGUGUUACGAAUCGAAUAGGAGCCAUAUUUCUUCUAGUAUCUUUUCAAAUAUUUGUGAAUGCAGUGACACUUGAAUUAUUUGUCAAAGAAAGAGCAUUAUUCAUUCAUGAACAUUCAAGUGGUUAUUAUCAUGUAUCAACAUAUAUGGUAUCAAAACUUAUCUGCGAUCUGAUACCAUUAAGAGGACUUCCUGCCAUUCUUUUAGCGAUUAUUGUUUAUGUGAUGAUGGAUUUUCAACUUACAUCACACAAAUUCCUCAUCUUUAUAGUGUUUAUGUUGCUUAGCACACUGUGCGCAUGUGCGUUUUGUUUUUGUUUAUCGGCAAGUGUAAAGGAGUUUAGUAAGUAGAUAGAAAGAAAAUAUUUACUAUUUUACAUGCUGAUUUUGCAUCGUCAGGUGUGGCUAGUGUCAUUUGUGGCAUGAUGUUUUUACGUAUGAUGAUAUUUAGUGGUUUUAUAGUUGAUCUUGACACUGUUACCCCUGUUUUAAGUUGGAUUCAAUGGUUAGUAGAAGAACAACAAUACCCCAUCACAUUAUAGAGAUUUUUUAAAUCUCUUUUGUCUUUUGUGUCGAAACAUAAUAUUCUGGGUAUAAACUUAGUAUUCUACGUUUACCUGAGUAUUUAGGUUAUUAUUCAAAUAAAUGUAGAAGAAGCUGCUGUGAUAUCUAUUAUUUUGUGCUCUCUCUACGUUUUUUAGGAUCAGCAUAUUUCGUUAUGCAGUCUAUGGUCUGACCGUCAAUGAAUUUACAAAUUUAAAGUUAUGUUUAACAAAUGACACAAAUAUAUGUCCAUUUCCUGGUGAAGAUGUAUUGCUUCAACGACACAUUGGGACCAGUUUAGACAGUUGGGAACUGUGGCAAAAUCUUGUUGCUCUUGGAUCAAUGACGAUUGUCUAUUUUAUAAUAACAUAUAUACAAUUACUCAGAAUCAGAAAACACAAAUGAAAUAGGACAUGUUUCAGCCUUUUUUCGUACAUACAUUUAAAGAUAAAUUGUUCAUUGUUAAUUUUCUUAACUUUUUAAACAGAAACACGUUGUAUACACGAACUAUUAUUAGUAUAUGUUCACAAACAUCGUUUACCUUAACUUUCACGAAAGAUUAACAGAUUUCUGUCAUUUCAGCAAAAGGCCUUCCAAUUUCUUUGUAUCAUCACAACAAUUGAGACUGCAAAGUUUUGUUUAGUACGCUAGUUCCACAGUUGAGCAAAAAACAGAUUCUUGAUGUGAGAUGCUCUACCAUCUCAUGCGCACCGUAUCAAGCGUUCUUGAACUUGUAAUCCAAAAUUAUCAGUAUUACGAACAACAAAAUAUAUAUACAAUUGCUCCUCCUUUCUAUGUGUCACUGACAGUUUCACAAUAUAUACAGUUGAUCUGCAUAAUAAAACUCGAUAUCAUCUUGAAACGCAGCUCGUUCUUUUACGAUGAAGCUGAGAGAUGCUUUCAAAUAAGUGCGAAGAUCAUUCUCUUUCGAAAAUUGUUCUAUCGGAAAGACACUAGACAAGUGAAAGAGCAAGAUUUUGCUGGGUUCAUUUUCUGAGUUUGUGUAAAUAUUAUUCUCUCAAUAUGGUGUGAUAACAAGAUAUUCGGUCGCCUCUUCAAUAUUUUCUUUAUUUUUCUAUAUUUUUAUAUUUUCACUUUAUCACAGCAUAGUGAGAGAAUAAUAUUACUUUUAGUAAAAAUCUAUCAUUAAUAGUUUUAAUUUCUAUUUUUAUUCCGUAAACUAUGAUCUCGUGGAGUUUGACGCCAACAGGAGGUCAUCGCUGUCCUCUAGUAUGUUCCGUAACAUCAUUAUGGACAACUUUAGUCGUCCUCUGUGUGAAACAUGAAAAUGGU